AUGGAGUUCCCGUUCGAUGUGGACGCGCUGCUCCCGGAGCGGAUCACAGUGCUGGACCAGCACCUGCGGCCCCCAGCCCGCCGACCCGGAACCACAACGUCGGCUCGGUGACAUCUCAAACCCGACCUAUGGCCCUUCUCUCCUGGUGCCUCUCCAAACCUGGUCCAGGAACCACGCCCCCUUCUCACUGACUACUGACCCGGUCCUUUUGAUGUCCCGGCUCGCCCUUUUGGUGACCUCUGACCCUAGACCUAGUGGGGUUGAUCAGUGCUUGGGUCUGCGCUUUCACCCCUUGGCCCAAAAUGUGGUCCCAGUCAAAGGAUGUGGUUGACCCAGCCUUCCUGCUUCCCCACAAUAACCUUAAGGCAGGAGGGAGUAUACCACCUUGCAAGUGUUGAUCUGCAGCAGCAAAUUAUGACCAUUGUAGACGAACUGGGCAAGGCUUCUGCCAAGGCUCAGCAUCUUUCCGCUCCCAUCACCAGUGCAUCGAGGAUGCAGAGUAACCGCCAUGUUAUUUAUGUGCUCAAAGACACUUCAGCCCGACCGGCUGGAAAAGGAACCAUUAUUGGUUUCCUCAAAGUUGGAUACAAGAAGCUCUUUGUACUGGAUGAUCGUGAGGCUCAUAAUGAGGUUGAACCACUUUGCAUCCUGGACUUCUACAUCCAUGAGUCUGUGCAACGCCAUGGCCAUGGGCGAGAACUCUUCCAGUAUAUGUUGCAGAAGGAGCGAGUUGAACCACACCAACUGGCCAUUGACCGACCAUCACAGAAGCUGCUGAAAUUCCUGAAUAAGCACUACAACCUGGAGACCACAGUCCCACAGGUGAACAACUUUGUGAUCUUUGAAGGCUUCUUUGCCCAUCAACAUCGGCCCCCUGCUCCCUCUCUGAGGGCAACUCGACACCCCCGUGCUGCUGCUGAUCCCACGCCCGCCGCUCCACCAAGGAAGCUGCCACCCAAGAGAGCAGAGGGAGACAUCAAGCCAUACUCCUCUAGUGACCGAGAAUUUCUGAAAGUAGCUGUGGAGCCUCCUUGGCCCCUAAAUAGAGCCCCUCGUCGUGCCACACCUCCGGCUCACCCACCCCCUCGCUCCAGCAGCCUGGGAAACUCACCGGAACGGGGUCCCCUCCGCCCCUUCGUGCCAGAGCAGGAGCUGCUGCGUUCCCUGCGCCUCUGCCCACCACACCCCACCGCCCGCCUUCUGCUGGCUGCUGACCCUGGGGGCAGCCCAGCCCAACGUCGCCGUACCAGGGGGACUCCCCCAGGGCUGGUGGCCCAAAGCUGCUGCUACAGCCGCCAUGGGGGGUUGAAUUCCUCAUCCCCCAGUGCAGGCAACCAAGAUUUGAAGCAGGGGGAACCGGAAACAGAGAAUAGGUCUGCCAGUGCGGAGCAGGUCAUGUCACAGGAUGGGUCUAGGGAGGAGCCCACGUGCACAGUUCCUCCACAGGCCCAGGCCCAGGCCCCACCAGCCCAGUCCUGGACAGUGGGUGGGGACAUGUUCAACGCCAGGUUCAUUCGAAACCUGCACGAACGUCGCAGCACCAGGCCUUGGUGACCACAACCCCUUCUCACACCUUCAAAGUCAGUAUUAUUUCUCCCCCACUACAGGAAAGUGCCAGAGUCCAACCCUCAAUGGAUGGGUUCAUUCAUUCAUUCAUUCAACAGGCUUUCUUAUCAGCUCCAAAUCAUUUGUAUCUUACUUUUAGUCAGAGCAAUAAAAGUAUUUAUUUUUAUUAC